AUGAGUUAUGUCGCUAAGGGUAAAGAUGAAUAUGUUGAAGAUGCGCCUCAAAAACAUCGCAUCCGUAUUACUUUAACUUCUCGUAAUGUUAAAGCUCUUGAAAAAGUUUGUUCUGACCUGAUUGGAAGAGCGAAUGAGAAACAAUUAAAUGUUAAAGGACCUGUACGUCUUCCUACUAAAGUUUUGAGAAUUACCACUCGUAAAUCACCUUGUGGUGAAGGUAGUAAAACUUGGGAUAGAUAUGAAAUGAGAAUUCAUAAACGUUUGAUUGAUUUGCUUUCUCCUAGUGAAAUUGUGAAACAAAUUACUUCCAUUUCAAUCGAACCAGGUGUUGAAGUUGAAGUUACUAUCGCUUCUUAA